AUGAAUCUUACCAACAAGUGUCAUCUUUCACCAGUCCACGCUAUUGCUUUGAUGUCGACAAAUUCCCUGACUGUCGUGUUGGGUACCUUUGGCAAUGUACUUGUCUGCAUCGCAGUUAUCACUAUCCCCCGACUUCGUAAAAUUUCCAACUUCCUCCUUUUCAGUUUAGCAGUUGCUGAUUUGAUCGUCACUGUGGCUUGCGCGCCCUUGCUUGUGGCGAUGAUUGACAAGUUAGCAUUCGCUCAUGAGUGUCCAACGAAUCUGGAACUUGCUUACUACAAUACCGGCAAUCUGUCUUUUACCUCGUCAAUUUUACACCUUGCAGCUAUCAGCGUUGAUCGUUUCCUUGCAGUUGUCUUUCCUUUGCGACACAACAACAUAAUGAAGACGUAUGGUUUGAAAAUCAUGCUGGUGGUUGUCUGGGGCAUUGCCAUUUUGUUUACGGCCAUUCGGGUAGUGGACGAAACAUCAAUUCUAGCCUUUGUUUUAUUCGUUUUAAGUUAUCUCAUCAUCACUGUGUCGUACGCUUCAAUUUUCAUAUUUCUGAUGAAAGAGAGAGGGAAAAGGAAAUACUUAAGAGGAACAGAAUCCAGACCGGAUGCGAUCACUUCCAAAGUAGAGAGGCGGGUCGCUUUCACUUUGGCGAUUGUUAUCCUUGUCUUCAGUGCCUGUUGGUUUCCGCUGAUUAUAACAUUUUUUGCUUCGGGCAAACAUCUUGUAAAGGUACAUGGCCCUGCAUUUAUGUGGAUAAGGACUUUAGCAGUAUCAAACUCCGCUAUGAACUUUCUGAUUUAUAGCUGGAGGAUCCGGGACUUCCGAGAAGCUUACGUCAAGAUAUUCCGCAGGGUGAUAGGGCGAGGAAGUGCAUAG